AUGAGACUUCUUCCCUGGCUUGUCGCCGCGGCGCUGGCGUUGGAGACCCUCGUCGUGUAUGACAGCAACUACCACGACGACAUCGAGCUGGCGCUACCUGCGCAGGCGUUCGGCGACGCCGAAUUGACCUACCUCGACUACCUGGAGUCCGAGUUCAAAUUGUUACCGGAAACCUACGACUCGGUGGUGUUGUUGCCAAAGGCUAAGGCGAAAAAUACCGCCAAGACCUGGCUGGCAGAGCUGUUGAUGGCUUAUACCAAUCAAGGGGGCAAUUUGCUCGUAAUUGGCGCCGCCGAUGGUGUCUACCCUGAGGGCGUAAGAAGCUACUUGAAUGAGAUCGGUAUUUACCCGUCACCCAAGAAGUACCACGUGUACGACUACUUCAGCGACGAUAAGCUGGCGCUCCCCCAUUUUACUGACGCCAAUCUCGUGACUCCUGCCAUUGUCAGUCACGUUGAUGUCGCUGACUACCAUGGCGGCGCGGCGCUUUUAGCCAAUAACCCGUUGGUGGUUCCCUUAGUCAGAUGUCUGGAGACGUCGUUCUGCGCUCAAGAAGACACGCCGAUGAGCGAAGACACCACCUGGACCUACGGCGCCCAAGGGUUCGCCGCCGCGGCGUUGCAAGCGCUUAACAACGCCCGUACCGCCUGGGUGGGCGACAUCCUGCUUGUUACUGAAGAGCUUGUGCUGUGGACGUUCCAGCAACGCAACGUGCUUAAGCUCCAGUUCGUCAACCACAUCAAUGCCGCUGAACCGCGCGACGUUAACCCUCAAUUGUACCGUGUCACCAACGAUGCCAUCUACACCGUGGGCAUUUCCGAGCUCAAGAAGGGUGAAUGGGUCCCCUACGAGCUGGAGGACGCUGUCCAGAUGUCGUUUAAGAUGUUGGACCCCUACGUGCGCCUUAACAUGUCUGGUUUAGGCCCGGUAGCGCUGGUGGAAGGGCUGGACGACCUCGACGCCUACGCCUACUCCGUGCAGUUCACCAUCCCCGACCACCACGGCAUGUUCACCUUCGAGCUCGACCACAAGGUCCCGGGCUACCUGUACUUGCAAGACAAGCGGGUGGUGACGGUGCGCCAUUUGGCCAACGACGAGUACCAGCGGCUGUGGGAGAUCACCAACUCGUGGAUGUACGUCGGGUCCUCGGCGUUGGUGGUGGCGGCGUGGUUGUUGUUUGUGUUCAACUACAUCUACGUGGGUUUACCUAACAAAGCCAAAAAGACCCAGUGA